GGUCAGCCCAGAAGCCUGCCGCAAAACUCGAUUGGGCAAUCUCGUUGCGUCCCCAAGUCGAAAAUUAGGUGAGAAGCCAGCGCGAGUGAACUACAUAAUUACAAUUCGACAUCCAGUCACAAAUCAAGUCGUAAAAAGCAGAGAAAAAAGGUCAAGAUGACAGCAACAACGGCACCAGAAGCUGCACUCGGAGUUCUUCCGCGUUCGGACGGUUCUGCAAAAUAUUCCCACGCCGGGUACACCGUCACGGCGUCGGUCAAUGGCCCCAUCGAAGCGCAGAGGAGGGAUGAGCACGCAUACGAGGCACACGUUGACGUCGUCGUACGGCCAGCAGCGGGCGUCGGAGGAACCCGGGAGCGGCACCUCGAAUCCCUCUUGCAGUCCUCUCUCACUCAGCUCAUCCUCGUCAAGAACUUCCCCCGCUCUCUCAUCCAGAUCGUUCUCCAGAUCGAAGACUCUCCAGAGAACGACCAUGUGAACACGAAGCUUGUUCAGGCGAGCCUGAACUUUGCCAUUAUGCCGGCGUUGGUCCAGGCGGCUAUCCUGGCGCUCCUCUCGGCCGGGGUGCCGAUGAGGGCGACGGCAACGGCAACGGCCGUUGCCAUUGUGCGUCAAGACGGCGGCAAGAGGACGAUAGUAGACCCUUCGCCGAGGGAAGUCGAAACAGCAGAGUCAGUUCAUGUACUGGGUUUCACGUCCCAUGACGGCCUUUUACUGGCAGAGAGCGAAGGCGACUUUACAGUCAGCGAAUGGGACCAAGUCUACGAGAUUGCAAGGGCGAUCUGCUGCCGCUCCGCGCCAGCCAAGGAAGGGAUGGCCAUGGUACUAGACGACGAGCAGACCAGCGGACCGGAUAUGCGCCAGUUUCUCCGGUCAGCUAUGGAGUCAAAGGUGGCUGCGGACCUUCAUUGGAAGUGAGAGGGCGGACUCCUGUCGCGAUCCUCGAUCCAGCUUGAACCGGGGAGGGUGCAGCGC